GAGAGAGAGAGAGAGAAAAUAUUACAAACAAGAUGGCUCAGGCACACAGAGAGAGAGAGAGAGAGAGAGAGAGAGAUACGCGCUCCUACCUCGCGCCAUGAUGAAUCAGCUAUACUCUAUAGUUUAGUACCUCCUUAAACCCAAAAACCCUUAAAUUUCUAAUACACAUCGAGUCAAAUUUUUUCCAUGUCCAAAGAAUUUUAAACUUUGAAGAGAAACAUACAGCGAUUGAAAGUCCUGUUAACCUUCUUCUUUUUCUUUUUAAUGCAAGCGUCAUAUCGUUUUCUCUCUCGCCUUCACUAUUCCCAGAAGCACACUUCAUCCGUUUCUUCUUCCAUUUUAUGGAACAAGGACUUGAUCCUCUCAUUAACCCAGUACAAUUCCAACAAUGAAAAUUGCAACACUAACUCUUGUUUAGACCCUAAUUUUGCCAAACAAGUUUUGAGCUUUGGUUCCUUUGCUCAGUCUCGUGGUUCUUUCACUUCUAAUAGGUUCUUAUUCUUGGGUUUGGUUUCGUUGGAUAAUCAGAAUUAUCAUAACUACUCAAUUCGUCGUAAUUUUUUCAGGAGGGCUAAACAAGUGAAGAAGAUCGAAAUCAAUGAUAAACAUAGUCAAAGAGCAGUCACAAUUGCAUUAUGGUGCAACUUCCUUGUUUUCUCUCUCAAGUUUGGGGUCUGGUUAGCAAGCUCUAGUCAUGUGAUGUUGGCUGAAGUUGUGCAUUCAGUUGCAGAUUUUGCAAACCAGGCUCUCCUUGCAUAUGGUUUGAGUAGCUCAAGACGCGCACCAGAUGCUCUUCAUCCCUAUGGCUAUUCCAAGGAAAGGUUUGUGUGGUCCUUGAUAUCUGCUGUUGGUAUAUUUUGUCUUGGUUCUGGAGCUACAAUUGUUCAUGGAGUUCAGAACUUGUGGACUUCACAUCCCCCUGCAAACAUUCAAUAUGCAGCUCUAGUGAUUGGUGGUUCAUUUAUCAUUGAAGGUGCUUCUCUUCUUGUUGCCAUACAAGCUGUGAAGAAAGGUGCAGCUGCAGAGGGAAUGAAAGUGAGAGAUUAUGUUUGGCGUGGUCAUGAUCCCACAUCUGUUGCAGUCAUGACAGAGGAUGGUGCUGCAGUAACUGGACUUGCUAUUGCUGCUGCAUCUUUGGUUGCAGUAAAUACCACAGGGAAUGCAAUUUAUGAUUCUAUAGGUUCAAUUAUUGUGGGCAGCCUGCUUGGGAUGGUGGCUAUAUUUCUUAUCCAGAGGAAUCGGCAUGCUUUGAUUGGUAGAGCAAUGGAUGACCAUGAUAUGGAGAAGGUUCUCUGUUUGCUGAAAAAUGACCCGGUUGUAGAUGCUCUAUAUGAUUGCAAAAGUGAGGUGAUUGGACCUGGAUUCUUUAGAUUUAAAGCAGAAAUAGGUAUUGUCAUGCUCUUUCCAGUCUUUGCCAUUUCAUCUCAGUAUUUUAAUGGAGUGGUGGUGGUGCGGAAUUAUCUAAAUAGGACUGGACGUGCAGAGUGGGCCAGACAGUUUCGUGAAGCUGCAAAGGAGAAGGAUGAUACUGCAUUGCUCAAGAUCAUGUCAAACUAUGGCGAGGAAGUAGUUACCGCUUUAGGAAGUGAAGUUGAUAGGCUUGAAAAGGAGAUCCAGGAGCUUGUUCCUGGUAUUCGGCAUGUUGAUAUAGAAGCUCACAAUCCAACAGGACCAACCCCUUGAUUAUAAUGUUCAUACGGCAUUUCUAUGUUACAUAAUGCAUGGAUGAAUAUCAUGCAUGCAACAAGAAAUGGCAGAUAAAUGGCUUUUUGCAUAUUUGCGCCAAGUAACAUACUAUGCAAAUAUUUAUAGGGAGAUUCCCAAUCUGUUAAUAUAUGGAUAGUUUUCCUGGAAUUGGUAUAUUUUAAGAAUUUGCCUUGAGCAAAUUGAUUGGAAUUUUCUAGACAGUUGAGCUGCCUUUGGUUUUCAUGAAAUGAAUUAAUUUUGUUCGUAA